AUGGAUUCAUCAGAAGAUAACCCAACCUGGACCCCAGAGUCUCUGAAAACAUCCAUCAGUGACGCUUCCCAGGCAAUGCAGGUUUCCACUCAACUCUCUGAAAUGUUAGCAACAAACCUCAGUAACUUGACUCUCAACCCAAGUAUCAAGUUGCCAUAUCUACCAGAAUACCCAUCUCAACCGACUGGGCAGUUACCUAGUGAGAAAACACCCAAUAGGCGGAGAGGAGUAAGAACGCUGUUGAGUGAGCGGAGAUACAGGAUGCAAAAGUUGAUUGAAUCUCUCAGACUUCGCUAUGCCAAAGGAGUUCCUCGUUCUGACUCUCAAAGAGAACUACAGCAGCAGGAGGACACUGAGAUUCGAUCAAGAGUGCGACGAUUCCAGUGUACCUGUAGUUAUUGCCAGUUUAAGAGAAAUCCUUCUGAUGAUACUUAUGAGAGUUAUUACAACACAACAUACAGUAAUUAUGCCAUGGAAUCGAAUGAGUCAUAA